AUGAAUGUGGCAGUAGUGAAAGAGACCCAGAACAUGCUCAGCAAAGUAAUAAAGAAAACUCCUCUCCCUCAGAAACUGCUGAACAGACCCCCGUUUCGAUUCCUCCAUGACAUCUUCACUGAGGUCAUCAGGACCACUGGUUUUAUGAAAGGCCUGUAUGAAGAAAAUGAAAUGAGUCCAGAGAACAUUAUGGAAAGGCAAUCCAAGAUAGCCUUCCUCCAGAAAGCCAUAGAUGUUGUGAUGCUGGUGAGUGGUGAGGCCCUGCUCGCAAAGCCAGCAGAGAUUGUAGCUGGUCAUCAGCCUGAGAAAACCAAUGAGCUGCUCCAGGCCAUCGCCAAGUGUUGCCUCAACAAGAUGCCAAGUAAUGAUGCAGUGAGGAAAGUACUUGGUGGAAAAAAGGUGGACAUGAAGACCAAGGCCAUCACAUCCAGGUCCCAGGGCAAUGGAAAAAUGAACGAGAAGAAGGAAGAAUGUGAACGUCACCUGAGUAGAGAGGAUAGCAGAAAGAUUACAAAGCACAGUUGCAGGGCUAACCAUCUCCCAGACGAGCCCAAAGAGCAGCAGCGCCGACCAAGAGAUGUGGAGAAGAAGAACCACAGGGACAGGAAAUGCUCUGACAACAAUCUGCACAGUGCACAGGACCAUGGCAAAGAAUGUGACAAAUUCAAGAGCCAAGUGCGAGACGAAGACAGAGACAAAGGGCAAGAUAAAGACAGGCAAAAUUUGAAGGACAGAGAGAUGAAUCGAGAAAGGGAAAAGGACAUGGAAAUAGACUCCCCCAGAGUUAUGGAAAAAGACAAGAAAAAACAAAGAGACAAAGAGCGGGAGCGUCCCAAACAGGGGGAAGAGAGCAACAAAACUGUAAUUAGAAAAAGUAAUAUCAAGGUAUCAGCCGAAACAGAGGGCUGGGGCAAAACAGCCCAACCUGUAUCAGCUUCUGAAAAUCCAGGUAGAAAACCCCUGCUUUCAUCUGCGGAAGGGCUGAGGCAAAGAUGUACAAUUAGAGAACAAGAUGAAUCGGUCAGUGAGGGAUUCAGAGAUGCACAGUUAACUCAGAGCUCUGUUCCUCCAGAAAAUGGGGACACUGUUGUCUCUUCAGUGCUAUCUGACAUGGCUCCUAGAAGGGCUUACCCAGGAACUCUUUGGUUCAGGAGACAGAAGACUUACGCUGGUAUGACUUUAACUUGGAGACUCCUUAGUGCCAUAAACCCAGUACCUAUUAUAAUGGAUAGGGAGAAGAUCUCUGAGGAUGAGGAGGGUGAAGAUAAGCAAUUUUUCAAGGAGGCGGCUGUCCAUCCACCCCCACAUGCUCCUGAUAUAAAGGUAAACUUGUCGCCACCAUGCCUCGAGUCCAAAGAGCAGAACUGGGUGUCUGAAGCAGCAUUGAAUAGAGAAGAGGAUGCAGUGACGAGGGAAGUCGAGUGGCUGCAUUUAUCCAUCCAAUCGGUUAGCUGCAGUUUCCUUCCUUUAGGAAAGAUCAUGGACAACAUCCUGGAGGAACUGGAUGCCAUGCUGGCUGAACAUUACACUUGGUGGCAGGUUAACAAGGAGCAUGCACAGGCCUUACUAGAGGAGCACAGAGCGACUAACCCCAAUUUGGAUCCUCUGAAAGCAGAACUAGCUGAGCUGGAGCAGCUGACUGCAGACGAACUUGACAAGAUUUGUGCUGUAAAGUCCAACAUACUGAAGAAUGAAGAGAAAAUCCAAAAGCUGGUGACAGGAAUUAAUGUCUCUUACUCAACCUGA